GCAAGAAGAAUUUUCAGCGAUUCAGACUUUUUUUAUGUCGGUAAAUAGGAAAUCGGUAAUGUUUAAAAUCUUUCGUCUUACUAUAAAAAUGAAUGAGUUUAUAUACUAAAAAUAAUGGAUAUUGAAUAGAUUAGCAAGACCUCCACGCAAGGUAAGGUACCUUUACCCCCUUCCUCGUUUGCAUACGUACUCACGGAUAUUCACUAAGAUUUUAAGCCUCUUAUUUCGAAUUUUCUUUAAUUACUCUUUACUUUUCCUCUAAAGGAAAAUGUAAUGAAAGUUAUCUUUUACAGUUUAAAAUCACAUCUAUAUUGUUUAUAUAUUAUAUUAAUUUACAUAAAUCUUUUAAAUUUUAUAGAUAAUACGAGAGCAAAUAAUUACAAUUCGAAAACACAAUACAGAAAAAGGUUGGCGUAAACACCCGAUCAAUUUUACAGUGCUCUCGAUAUUGUGACCGACAGACGUCAAUACAUCGAUAGUCGCUCUACUGAUCUCGCAGAGUAUUUAGCUCCAUCUAGACUGGGUUAUUUCAACAGAAGAUACCUAACCUAUUCGUAUGCUUUAACACGUGUAUACAAAUGAAAAGUUGAUUGAAGACAGUUCCAAACAGUGACAUCCUAACAGCAACUGAUUGUAAAGGAAAAACAAAAAGAAAUGACAGUCUUCACUACAAUUAAAAACAAUACAGUAGUGUAGUGUUAUAAUAAUUGUAAGACUCGAAAAUGCAUCGAGUAACCGACGCGAAAGAAGUGAUCCUGACAAGCGACACCACCGGGGAGAGUUGGAGCGCCGCUGUUUGGGAUCCCCGGAACGGUUCUCUGCUGUCCGUGUACAAGAACGCGACCGCGCUCGGACAGCGCAGCCUUCAGCUCCUGAGCGACAGCUACGUGAUAGGCGCGGACGUCACCAGGCCGCGUCUACACAUCUGGCCGCUGAACAACCCGUCGCCCUUGCCCGACGUCCGACUGACCACGCCGGGCAAGGUCAACGCCUUGACCUGCACGCCCAACGGCUCCUACAUAAUCGCCUCCGUGGGCGAGAAGCUGUUCAUCUGGCAGACGUGCAACGGCAGGCUACUGGCCAAUCUAAUCAAGCACUAUCAGACCGUCAACUGCCUGGCCACCACGAAGGACGGCUCGUUGUUCGCCAGCGCCGGCGAGGACACCUUGGUGUUCGUGUGGUCCAUCUACAGCGCGCUGAACGACGCGCGUUGUUCCCCCGUUCACGCAUUCUCCAACCACAGCCUGCCAGUCAGGGAUCUACACUUCGGCCACGGUGGCGCCCGCGCGAGAUUGUACACGGCCUCCCUGGACCGUACCGCGAGUAUUUACGAGCUCGGCAGCGGGGCUCUCCUGGUCUCGCUCGUCUUCGACGCUCCCCUCACGGCGAUCACCGUGAACAUUCGCGAGAGCGAGCUCUUCGUGGGCUGCAUCAACGGCGACAUAUUCCAGUGUAACCUGCACGAGCCGCCACGUGGGAUCGAGCACCAUGUCACGGUGAACUCUGACGGCGCGGGCGAAGAGAGCGCCGUGUUCCAAGCGCACAAAUCCAACGUAUCCGCUCUGUCGGUAUCCGUGGACUGUCGUACUCUGCUGUCCGGGUCUACCGACGGCGCGGUCCACGUCUGGGACAUUGUCAGUCGGCAGGUGCUCAGGACGCUCGAACACAAGGGACCGGUUACCGCCGCGUUUUUCGCGCCCGGGUUCGACAACUUUCGCGCCUCCGUUCUCAAACCGCGGCUGCAGGUGCACAGUCUGCAAAGGACGUCGGACGACGGCAGAGAGAGCGUUGUUGAGGUAGUUUCCAGAGGACGGGAUCCAGCGGAGAUCCUGAACUUCGAAUUUUACGCGGACGAUUGUAGCAGUUCUCGAGACUCGGAUGAGACGUCGAGGAAGCUGGCGGAAUUACAGAACGAAGUUAAGAAGUUGAAGAAAAUUAAUGCCGACAUGUAUCAGUACGGCGUCACGCAUAUCUUGAAGAAGAUAGCCGGUGGAAUUGAUGGAACUGGCUGACAGAGAACAUUGGAGAUGCAACCAAUUUUGUGUUUUUACUGAAAGACUGAAAUUUUUAUUUUCAUAUAUUUUGUUAUUGAAUAACGAUAUUACAUAGAAACGAUAGAGAAUAUACUGAUAUCAAUCUUCCUCUUUCUUAAAAUAUGUUUAAUAUUUAUGAAAGAUAUGUGUAAUAUUCUACGCGUUGUAAGAACAUACAUAUGUAUAUAAAGUUAUGAAAAAUCUAUAAAUAAAACUAAAAAUUUAGUUUUUUAUCCAAGAAUAUUCUUUAUUCAUAAUUUUAUUUAUUUUUAACAAAAUAAAUGGAUCGGUAUAUUUUUUCUUUUACAAUUUACUAUUUAUACUUGUAUUUUUAAUAACAUUAAUCUCUCUCUGUCCCGCUAUUCAAUGUUUAUAGAUUUAUUUAUUAGAAAGCUGAAAAAAUCUUUUGGAUUACAAAUUAAUUCUGCGAGAUAUGUUUUCCUAGAAUUGUCUAUGGAUGUUGCUAAUUAUCUUUAUUAAUUAAAAUACUGAAAACAUCUAAUGCCGAGAGUCAAGAUAUACUAUUUUUCAUCAAGUUACAUAAAAUAUAAUUAAACUUUUUUUUUACUAAGGCGCUGUAACAUAACAUACACGAUGAAAAUAACGUUUUAUCGUACCAAGCUAGUCGAAGAGUUAUUACUUGUUUCUCGCCAUUUCCGAUAUUAAACCACUAUUCUUUUCUUUUGUAAUAAUAUAAAAAUUAUCGGCUGGUGAGAAAAGUGCAUUCUACACGUGCAUUCGCAGAAAUCUUUGACAAGACAAUCUGUACCAUUCUUUUCGUUUGAAAAUAAAUUCAUUCAACACAA